GGCCCAGGCAGCGCCAUGCGGGGCUCCGGCGCCCGGCGGCUUUGGCUCUUGGUGCUGGCGCUGGCCUGGCUGGGCCCGGCGCGGGGGGCCGGCGUGGGGCCGGGGGACGAGGCGGAGGACGGGGAGGUGGCGGAGGAGGAGGAGGUGGAGGAAGUGCUCUCGGAUGAGCUGGGGGAAGAGGACGGCGUCCUGGUGCUCCACGAGCACAACUUUGCCCGGGCGCUGCGCGAGCACCGGCUGCUGCUGGUGGAGUUUUACGCGCGGUGGUGCAGGCACUGCCAGGCCCUGGCCCCCCAGUUCGCCCAGGCCGCCGCCACGUUGAGGAACGAGUCCGGGGAGCUGCGGCUGGCCAAGGUGGACGCCCCGGCGCAGGCGGCCCUCAGCCGCGAGUUCGGCAUCACCGCCUACCCCACGCUCAAGCUCUUCCGCGACGGCAACCGCACGCACCCCGCCAACUACACCGGCCGGCUGGACGCCCAGGGCAUCGUGCGCUGGAUGCAGCGGCGCGCCGGCCCCAGCGCCGAGCUGCUGCAGGACACCGCUGCUGCCGCCGCCUUCGUCACCGCCCAGGACGUGGCCGUGGUGGGCUUCUUCAAGGACCUGCGGGGCGAAGCCGCCCAGGCGUUCUACGAGCUGGCCGGUGACCUGGUGGACGUGGCGUUCGGUGCCGCUGAGGCGCCUGAGCUCUUCGAGGCCUACGGGCUCGCCGCCGACACCGUCUGCGUGUUCAAGAAGUUCGAUGAGGAGCGGGCCGAUUUCCCCCUGGACCCAGCGCGGGGCCUCGACGCGGCCGAGCUGUCCCGCUUCAUCCGCGUGCACAGCCUGGAGCUGCUCAUGGAGUUCACCAGCGAGACCUCCGACAGGAUCUUCGACGCCAAAAUCCCCCACCACAUGCUGCUCUUCCUCAACAAGACGGAGGCGGCGCAGCUGGAGCUGCAGGGCCCUUUCCGGGAGGCCGCCGCCGCUUUCCGGGGCAAGGUCCUCUUCGUGCUCGUCGACGUGAGCGGGUACGGCGCCGGCGUGCUGCCCUUCUUUGGCCUGACGCCGGCCGAUGCCCCCACCCUGCGCUUCGUCAAGAUGGAGACCAACAGGAAGUACCAGAUGGAGGAGGACGCCUUCUCGGCCUCGGCCGUGAGCGCCUUCGUCCAGGCUGUGCUGGACGGCAAGGUGAAGCCCAAUCUGCUGAGCGCGGAGCCCCCCGAGGACUGGGACACGAAGCCGGUUAAAGUCCUCGUGGGGAAGACCUUCGAGCAGGUGGCGUUUGACGAGACCAAGAACGUCUUUGUCAAGUUCUAUGCGCCGUGGUGCAGCCACUGCAAGGAGAUGGCUGCUGCCUGGGAGGAGCUGGGCGAGCGCUACAAGGACCACGAGGACAUUGUCAUCGCCGAGAUGGACGCCACGGCCAACGAGAUGGAGAACAUCGCCAUCCGCGGCUACCCCAGGCUGUACUACUUCCCCGCUGGGCCGGGCAGGAAGAUGAUCGAGUACAAGAGCAACCGUGAUGUGGAGACCUUCUCCAAGUUCCUGGAGAACAGGGGGACGCUGCCCGAGGAGCCGCCUGUGGUGCCUGAGACCCCCAAGAACGCCACGGACACAGAGGAGCCGAGUCCUCCGGGCACGGCCGAGACCAGAGACGAGCUGUGAGCCCUACCCUGCUCAGUGCAUGCUAUAAAUGACCUGGAAACGAU